GGUUAGACUACCAUCCUCCACACAGACUCCUACAGACAAAUCCAGUCAACAUUUAAAAAAUCAUCAGAGCCUUUUGAAAAGCAGCCUGCUUAUCUUCCUCGUCUUCUUUUAAAGCUACGUAAGCACUAACUCACAAAGAAGAUCGGUACAGCCCUCUGUUUCCUCCAGUUACCACAAUCUCAGAUAUUUUGUGGAUUUUCAACAUACAGUCAAAACCAGGAGACAUUUGAAAGACCUGCUGAUUCAUGAAGAAAUACACAUCAUUGGAUAACUAAGGACCCUUGCUAUUCUACUCAGGAGCAGAGAAGCAUCUCACAUCUGUGACCUGCAGUUUUUCUUUUUCUUUUUUUUAUCAACAGUAACUCACAAAGAAGAUCGGUACAGCCCUCUGUUUCCUCCAGUUACCUCAAUCUCAGCUAUUUUGUGGAUUUUCAACAUACAGUCAAAACCAGAACAGAAUAUGUCAACCACAGCUUUUCACAAAAUCCUACGACCCCUUCUGCUUGCUACUUUCAUUUUGGUAUGCUUUGUGACUUUAUUUUUUAUGUAUUUUAAGCCAUCCACCAACUGGUUUUAUGGUCCAUUGGAUUCAACUGUUUUCACAGACCAGGUGAAGAAUCUGUUUUCCACCAAGAGUGAUAAAAACAUGACUACUUUUGGUCCAAUAGAACCAACAGCUUACACGGAGCAGGUCAAGACACACCCUGUUACUGAGAGCAGUAAAAUCAUGACCGUUGUGCUGGUCUGGCUUUGGCCCUUUGGACAAGCCUAUGAUCUGAAUGUCUGUAGCUCUCUUUUCAACAUUGAGGGCUGUUUCAUCACAGCAGACAGAAACCUCUACAACAAGUCAGAUGGUGUUGUCAUCCAUCACCGAGACAUCUCUGGUGAUCUAUCCAAUCUGCCGAAGCUCCAGCGGCCAUCAUUUCAAAAGUGGAUAUGGAUGAACUUGGAGUCACCGUCUCAUUCAUCUAAGCUACCUGGCAUGGCAAACUUGUUCAAUCUUACACUUAACUAUCGUCGGGAUGCUGACAUUGAAGUGCCCUAUGGGUCCAUUAUACCUUCAGAGACUCAGGAGGCAUUUGUACCACCUAAAAAAGAUAAGCUGGUAUGCUGGAUUGUGAGCAACUGGAACCAGAACCAUUUGCGUGGGAAAUAUUACAAUGAUUUAAAAAAUCAUGUUGAGGUUCAUGUAUAUGGAAAUGCCUUUGGGAAUCCCAUCUCUGACCAAGAUUUUAGCCCCACCAUGGCUAGCUGUAAGUUCUACUUGGCUUUUGAGAACUCAGUCCACAAAGACUACAUUACUGAAAAACUGUACAACCCUCUCUCUGUGGGCACAGUGCCAGUAGUUCUGGGUACAACCAGAAAGAACUACGAGAACUUUAUUCAACAAGAUGCCUUCAUCCAUGUAGAUGAUUUCAACUCACCCAAGGAACUGGCAGAGUACUUGACACUUCUAGACAAAAAUGAUGAAAUGUACCUUAAUUACUUCAAGUGGCGGCAACACUUUACAGUAAAGAAGGCAUAUUUUUGGUCAGAGCACACAUGCUUGGCAUGUGAUUACCUCAAAAGGCACAAAGAGUACCAAGCAUUUAAUAAUCUUGACGAGUGGUACUGGGGCUAAUGGUGUAUUUAAGGGACUUUGCUGUGCUCAUCACCUUCUUGUGAACACACAACACAGUGAAGAAGUGGUAGCUCAGGAAAAUAUAAAUAUAAUAUCUCAGCAAAGCCUAGAAAAAAAGGGUAGUCAAAUAGUUUCAUGUAAAUAUAUUUCUCAGUACAGUAGGUGACAUUGUUUUCUGAAGUUGGUAUUUUGUUUAUUCAUGAAUCUGCAGCUCUUUGAACGGCAGACAGCUGCCGUAUUAAAUGCACAGAAUGUUUAAGAAAGUAUCAGUCUAAAUUUUUUAUAUAUCGUACCAAUUUCAGAAGAAAAGUUAUCGGUUUGACAGUUGUUUUAAAUGCAAACAGCAUUACAUGACUAUUAUUAUCAUAUAUAUAUAUGUAUAUUUUUUUUUUUUUGUAAAAAAAGUUGAGUGAAACUGUGUUACAACUAUAUGCAACUGUGUUGGCAGCUUUGUUGUGGAAGUAACAAACAUAUUUAAAUAUUUCCUCGUUCUCAAAGUCACCAACCAGUAACAUGGGAUGAACCAUCAUAGAAUCUGGUCCUGAUGACAAAAAACCUGUUAAUCAAGCUUUUACAGCUACAAUCGACUGGGUCAAAGCCCGUCUUCAAGCGGAAGUCAUUCCUGCAUGUUCGACAGUCAUGAGGCCUUUCAACACUGCAUUAAUGAAGGAAACGUACAAUGUGUUGUAUAUAUUUUUUAACGUCCAAAUUUACUUCACAAAGGGCAAAUGUCAGCAGGUGAAUUCCACUUUAUAUCCAUUAGUGAUGAAUGCUGCUUUAAGAGUAUUUGAAUCAAACCACAAACCAAGAAACACUUGAAGUGGAUAAACAGUUAUAGGGGUUUUAAAACUGGGGGUCUUAAGGUAAACACAAAACAUUUGAGAACUACUGUCGUAGACAAUGCUUUCAGUGUCGAGGCAGGCUCAGUAAAUUUUUCUAUCAGGUGGUAAUCCUGUAGGCAUAACCUUACCAAAAAACAUGUACCAAAAUGUAAAACAGAGAAACAGUUCUUUUGAUGAGGAUUUGUGUGACUCACUGUGCAUUUGGCUGUCUUAGAUGGAGAUAAUGUUGGUUCAGAAACUAUCAGGAAAGACCUUCAGUUGUUCCACAGAUUAACAAUGAAAUUCCCAAUCAUGGUUUCAUUGUACAGUCCUAACUCAUGAAUGAAACCAAAGCUUUCUUGUGCUGUGCAUUUGGAAUGUGUUUCCUCUUCUCUUCUUUUUCCUUCACUUUCUUACCUAUCAUAGAAACAUUCAUGCAGUGUAACUGCCCUGCCCCUUGUUUGAGUCUGUGAAUGUGUCUCAGCACCAGGAGGUGAUAUUUAUGCUGUUUAACAUGAUGCUAAUUUUGUUAAUAUCCUUAAAAUAAAUUAAUAAUGCUGUUUACUGACUUAUAUGAAUGUGUGUGGUGGGUUGGAGUUGGGGAGCAGAGGGUUACCAGGACUGAUUCUAGUCCACCAGUGUACAGAAAUAAUCAGUUUGUUUUUUUUUUAUUUGUUUGUUUUUUGUGAAAUCAUUGUAUUUUGCCAGAUGUUUUGUUUCUGGUGUCUGAUGUUGCCAUAAGGGAAAUAAAAGAUGUGAAUAAAUGGGUAAAUAGGGUACAGUUCUUUUUGGAAAGGAAUACUUAGUCCUACCAAGACAACAUUCCUAAGAAAUUAUAUUUGGUUUGGAAGCUUAUUUUUAAUUUGAGAACGAUGUUUUUAAAGGUAUUUUUCUGUGGAUGACUACACAUACAUUUUUCAAGAAGAUAAGAUUUAUACAUUAAGUCUAUCAUUUAUUCACAUCACAUUCACACACUGGUGGUGGGUCAUGGGAGCGGACUGAUGGAAAUGUGGCAGUGCCACACCAACCACUCUUUGAACCCAUUGCCGACCCCGUCUAUAUUGUGUGUAUUGCUGCAGUAGCAAAUCUUGAAUUUGGAAAAAUCAUUUUGUUUAAUAUCUUGUUUUAAGGUCUUUUCUCUUAAAGUGAGAAAGAGAUUAUUUCUCUGGAUUAUAGUCUGACUCUUUUCAAUUUAAGUAUUUUUAUAGCCGAUUUUUGCAGUGUGAAUCGUACUUGACAAGUUUCCACAGAUAAAACUGGGCCGGAAAGACAGUGUGAUCUUAAACAGUGUCUUAGUGAUAUGAUUUAACCUAACAUGCAUGUAAAUUAAUCAAUUGAAGAUAACUAAAAAAAAGACAUAUACUCUUAAAGCAUCCAAUCCAGCUUUAUAUAAAGAGCACAUGUGAAUUGCAUGUGGUUGUCUGUAAGUUUGCCCAAUUAAUUUCUUUUUGAUAUUUUUACUUUCUGUUGUUUUUUACUUUUGUUUUCUACUUUAGUUUUUAACUCGUUUUUUGAUGUUUCAGGUGAUUGAUAAUAUCUAGGUCUUGCGCUUAUGCGCUUCAGAUCUAUUUAUUUAGAUAAACGUUACCUUGAAAGAGAGAACCGAGGGAACAGAUGUUUGAAUGAACUGGAGCAGGUGAUUUAGAACAUGUGGGAUUUUUCA